UUCAUGCGCACAAGUUCUCUGUUUUGAUUUCCGUUAAUUUUUCGUAGUUUCGAAGUUUUGUUAGAAACAUACAUCCAGUGAAAGUUUUUUAAAGAUAUGUUCUUAGUGUUGUGCUGGAGUUUGUGUUUUGAGGUUAUGUAGGUCAACUAAAGUUCUUUUUCAUAAUUAAUAUAUUAAAAAAAAAUAAGUGUAGUAAGUUUAAGUCACGCUGAUUCCAGUUUUUUAAAACCAAAUGGGGCCAAUUCAUAAAGGCGCAUUUAUUAAGCAUGUCCAGGCCUUGUGUUCCUCACGACGCAAGCGUUGGGACGCUAUGUUCAUCAAGUACGAAAAAGAAGGAAAACUGGACCAGUCAACAUAUUCUUUAGACGAGAUGAUGACUAUAAAAGAUGAGCCAGACCAGGAGCUUUUGUAUUCAAAUAAUAUUAAGCAAGACAAACUAUCAGAAGACGACAAACGGCUCGUCCACAGCAUCGAACAGGUUUUAAAGAGCAAUUUAAAGCAGCUAAUUUUGCAGAGGGAAAAAACAAAAUUGCUGCUCAAUCGAAAGGAUUACAGAAAAAUACACCCACAAGUAAUACAUGAAAUUAAAAGACUUAGACAGACCGUGUCUGAAGAAGAUCUAGUGAAAUAUAUUGGUUGGUGCGUAACUCCUAAUGAAGAUGUAAAAGAAUUCAUUGAAGAAGAAUUACAAAGCAGCUUUAAGAAAUUGUUACUAAAUAUGUUCCAAUGUAAAUUGGAUAACAUUGAUCACAAACUGUGGAAUUUAGGUCUUCUGGAGGAGUGGCAUUCUUUAUCCAGAUACUUGACAGAAGAAGACAUCGUCGUAUAUGGUGUUAAAGCGGUGUCAGAACACUUCUGAGGUUUUACCAUUCUUAUAAUUUGAUAUUUUGUGUUUCUUAUUGUUUUAAUAUUUUUACAUGUAAUGUAUUACGUUUUUGAUAGCAUUUAUUCUGUAUUAAAAAGCAUUAAAUUA